CAUCGCAAAGGAUAUGACUCCCUUGGCUACAGUGGAGCGAAGCGGGUUUAAACACCUCGUUAAAACUCUCGACAGAAGAUACACUGUGCCAUCGCGAUCACAUUUUUCUAAAACUGCGCUGCCAGACAUGUACAAGACAUGUUGUAAAAAUGUAGCUGCUGAACUGAAAAAUGUUCAACACUUUGCAGCCACAUCUGAUCUCUGGUCAAGUAGGACGAUGGACCCAUUCUUGAGCCUUACUUUGCACUACAUUGACGACGAUUGGAAGCUGCGCCAGAGAUGCCUUGAGACGGCAUAUUUUCCAGCCGAUCACACGGCAGAUAUGAUUGCGCAAGGUCUGAAAGAUAUGCUUUCUGAAUGGGACCUCGCGGAAGAAAAACUUUCAGCCAUUACGACAGACAACGAAGCAGAGAUGAGCAGCUAUUUGGUGUCCCCCAUGCUGGAUAGUGAGGCAAAUCCACUGGACUUGUGGAGGAAGCAUCAUGUACACUUUCCCACUCUAAGUAAGGGGGCAAAAAAGUAUCUCUGCAUACCAGCUACUAGCUCCCCAUCAGAGCGGGUUUUCAGUUCGGGCGGAAACAUUGUUACAUGCCUCAGGUCCUGCCUGAAACCUGAAAAGGUUAACAUGCUCGUGUUUCUUAGUAAGAACUUAGAGUAAAUUCAUGUUCAUAUAGUGACAUGACAAGAUCGCUAAGAUCACCUCAUGCAACAGUGUUUAGAGAGUUCUAUUUUCAUUACAACAUUAAAAUAUUUGUUUACAGAAGAUGCAAGAAAUGCACUGUUUAAAAUAUUAUUUACAGGAUAUAUAAGAGUUAUUUUAUUUAGAAGAGAUACUGCUUAUUUUCUACUUUUAAUAAGAAAAACAUUGAAAAUAAUUUAUUUUGUUUCCAAAAGUGCAAGUUAUUUAUUUUGACUUUUUUUAUAAGAACAAAGUGACUGUUCGUUUUAGGCAAUGUGUGCUUUAAUUUCAGUUGUUCAACAUUGAUGUUCAAUAAAUAAUCACAGAUAGUA